AUGGCUGGUGACAAUCUCCCGUCUGCCGGGGAGCCGGCCAUGCCCAACCGAAUAUCUUAUUGGCGCCUACUGCUCGACCAAGGCGUGCUCACCCAAGAAAUCCUCGACUAUCCGUGGGAGGGCUCUGGCACUGAUGAUGACCCAUACCUCGUCACCUGGAUUCCUAACGAUCCUCGAAAUCCCAUGAAUUUCCCCGCGUGGCGCAAAUGGCUAUAUACGAUAACUGUGGCUUGGGCUACGCUCGCCGUGUCCCUGGUCUCGUCGGCCUAUAGUGGAGGAGUCGAGCAGAUAAUGGAAAGCUUUCAUGUGGGCACUGAGGUGGCCACGCUCGGCAUCUCGCUCUUCGUGUUGGGCUUCGCCAUCGGCCCUCUACUCUGGGCCCCCAUGAGCGAGCUCUGGGGCCGGCAAUACCUUUUCUUCGUCAGCUAUUGUGGGCUCACGGCAUUCAAUGCCGGCAUCACCGGCUCCAAGAACAUCGAGACCCUCAUCAUCCUACGCUUCUUCGCGGGCGCAUUCGGAUCGUCGCCCUUGACAAAUGCCGGAGGAGUAGUGGCGGACUUGUUCCCCGCGAAGCAGCGAGGCUUGGCCAUGAGUAUCUUCGCAGCGGCACCGUUUAUGGGUCCAACCAUUGGCCCAGUUUGCGGAGGCUUCCUGGGGAUGAACGCGGGGUGGAAGUGGGUGAUGGGAUUCCUGGCCGCUUUUUCCGGUCUUCUCUGGAUCAUCGGUAGCCUGGUGGUGCCGGAGACCUACGCCCCGGUGUUAUUGCAGCAGCGCGCCAAAAAGCUGACCAAAGUGACGGGGAAGAUCCAUCGAAGUAAGACCGAGGCAGAGAAGGGGAAGGUCCCCUAUUCCACCGUCUUCAAGACAGCGCUGUCGCGGCCGUGGGUUCUUCUAUUCCGUGAGCCGAUCGUCCUCCUACUGUCCAUCUACAUGGCCAUUAUAUAUGGAACGUUGUACAUGAUGUUUGCUGCAUUCCCCAUUGUGUACGAGGAGCUGCGCGGUUGGAACCAGGGUGUCUCUGGUCUCUCAUUCUUGGGGGUCAUGGUGGGCAUGAACAUAGCAGUUUUGUAUAGCAUCUGGGACAACAAACGGUACGAAAGAACUGAUGAAGCUCACAAGGGAUUUGCACCUCCAGAAGCGCGUCUCCCGCCGUGUCUGAUGGCGUCGGUGAUGAUUCCCUUGGGCCUCUUCUGGUUCGCCUGGACAAAUUACCCUUCAAUCCACUUCAUGGCGAGUAUCGCAGCCUGCGUGCCUUUCGGGUUCGGCAUGGUGCUGGUAUUCCUCAGUUUGAUGAACUACCUGAUCGAUGCCUACACCAUCUUCGCCGCCUCGGUGUUGGCCGCCAACUCCGUUCUGCGCUCAAUCUUUGGCGCCGUCUUUCCGCUCUUCACGACUUACAUGUACCACAACCUCGGUGUCCAUUGGGCCUCCAGCAUUCCCGCAUUCCUGGCACUGGCAUGUGUCCCCUUUCCCUUCCUAUUUUACAAAUACGGCCCGGCGAUUCGAACCCGAUGCAAAUUUUCAGCACAGUCGGAUGCCUUUAUGAGGAGACUGAUGGAGCAAAGCACGCGAGACAACCGUCAGCCGGAGCCGGAGAAGGAUAUUACAGAAAAAGAGACCGAAGAGAAAGAGACAGAAGUAUCGCCGGUUCAGGCUUCUUCGUCUACACUCGGGGAGAAGUCGCGACUCGGUGACCUCCCUGCUGUGACAGCCGAAGACGCCGCCCGGACCCGUUCGAUAGCGUCGCAAGGGUCGCGUCGACCGGGCUCUGCAAAGGCAGAGUCUGUGUACGAGGGAAAUCCGUAUGACGUUGAUCGGGUGAACACUCGUGACUCGUUCAAAGAGUAA